AUGAGUCGCAAGGCUUCUGAGCAGGCUUUAGCCAAUCUACUUCCCACUCUUGCUGAAUCUUUGCCUGACGAGCUAGUCGAACUGGCUGCGUAUUUACUGGCGCAGUCACGUAGCUAUGGAGGUAGUUUGAAGCCUGAGGAGGAAAUUGCGAGACCUUAUGCGUGUGCAGAAAUUGCUUGCAAGAGGUUGAGCAAGUCGUUGAAACUCCCUCCGAGAACCAGCCGUCCGCCAUGUCCCCCAAGAAUAUACAAGAAAUUGUUCGCAUACCUAGAGCAAUUGCUUUCGCAAUCAUCCACGGCAGCUAAACGGCAGGAGAAGGAUAAGGUCCAGCCACAGCCAAGGCGAAGUACAAGAGAGCGCCGUGGAGGCCCAGUUACGCCUUCAAAAACGGGGGCUAAAAGCUUCGUGACUCCAUCCAAGUCGACUAAGAAAGCUAGAAUAGAUAAGACAACCGCGAUUCAAUCCAGACUGUCCACAAUAAUCCAAGAUGCACCUUCAUGGACGAUGCCUGCAAUCCGGAAUAUCUGCAGGGCUCUUACCGCGUCGCUGUCAAGAUUAGUCCCCUCCGCUCCGCCAAAAGUGUCAACGUCUUUUCCUCCGCAUAUGUUUGCGGGAUUAUCAUCGGUAUUAUGCUUCGCUGAGAGGACCCUGUCCGACGACAGCCAAGAUCUUGAUCCGAACCAUAUACGAUUGCUCUCUGCAGUUUCGGACCAUUCUCAACCGGAAGAAACUUCAUACCGUGAGAACAUGAUAACACUUGUAAUAGCAAUAUAUUUCCUCGUCGUUGUGCGAAUGCUUGGGCUGGGACGCGAUGAGAACCCUCACCCUGGCAGCUCGAACCGACGCGAACUUGAUAUGGAUAUGUUCAAUGAUCUAGCCACAGCUGCUCUUGCUAGCGAAGGUCUACCCGCCGACCAGACCCUGCUGGACAACGUUCAUGUGUGGGUCAGAACGAUUAUUAUGCGUGACUGGAUGAAUGGAAAUGAGUGGUUUGAAAACAUUCCUGUCGCCGAUCCCAAUCGCGGCCAAGGAGGAGCCGGAGCAGAAAAUGAUGGGCCUGGAGGGAAUUCGGGGGAUAAUGAUGACGAGGAAGACGGCAUUAUUAGUCCAAAGAAGCGGAGAUUGAUGAAUCGUUACGUUAGAAAAGUGACGCAUCGCUCUCUACGGGACAUUGAUAACCAGCGUCCAAAAUUGCUACCCGGCUUGGGAACCAUGAUGCAUGAUCGGGUGGAUUGGUUGAGUGAGGGUAAAAAGGAUGAGUAUGUAACCUGGAAAGAGGGAACUAUGAAGCGGAUACGGGAGAUCGAGAGUGCUGCAGUCACAGCUUAG